AUGAGAGUUCGCCUUCGAAAUAAUGAUAUACUAAUAAGCAGUGGCUCUGAACGUUGUGAAAUGACAAUCACAUUUGAACCCAGAGAAACUCCCCCGCCAAGGCACGGGCAGGAGACACACAGUUUUCUAUUUGGACCGAAUUCCACCCAGCAGCUUGAUGAUUAUAUGUCCCGGCGGCACAAUAAUGCAUCUCCUGGAUCACCACCGACCACCACACUACUCAUACAGUUCAGGAGAGUCAGAGCAGGCUUCUUUGACGGAAUAGACCAGGAACACUGGACCACUUUUUGUGAUGGAAUCCACAGUGCUCUGCCAGCAAUCACCGCACUUAAUUUUGGCGUCAGUAUUGACUCUGGGCACUCUGGAGAAAAGGUUGAUUGGUUCCUUUCCACAUUGUUUAGUCACAUGCCAACACAAACAAUCACUGAAGUAUCAAUGAGCUUUUGGGGGGGGGGAGUUGGGUCAGUUCGUAUUCCCAAAACUUGGGAUGCCUUGCAUCCACUAGUCCAUGUCCAGGAAAUGACUUUGAUGAUUCAACCAACUGUACAGGUGGAAACUAAUGAAUCAUUGGCCAAUGUGUUCACCAUGUCAUGGCCAAGGCUCACAAAGCUUGUCUUUCUAGCCGACAUCAAGUUUGGUUUGCGUUGGGAUCCUGUCAUUGAAGCGGUCCGUACCAAAAGGACUCUACGCAAUGUGGAUGUAUUGCGGUAUGAAGAAACAGAUGCAUUGUCCACCAUGUGCACAUUUCCCUUCAUCCAUUCCAUCAUUCAGAGAUAUCACCUGGCAUUGACAGAAGGCGAACCAGGCAACCCAUCCACGGCACAACUACAGCCACCUACAGCUGAAAAUCCAGCCAGCCUUGAGAACUGGUUGAAUGCAAUGGAACAUUGCUUGCACGAGAGACACCGGUUUGACUGCUUUCACUAUUUCUUCUCCCAAAUAGAUCCAUUGCUGUACAUCAGUGGGGAGUACUAG